ACGGCACUUCCGGGACUGCGCGAGCCAUUCAGAGCGACGAACGAAGAGAGCAAGAAAAAAGGAGAAAGCACCAAGAUUUAAAAAUAAUAAUAAUAAUAAUAAAGAUUAAGCUUGUACGUAAUUUAUCACCCUCGAAGUGGGAAGAGGCGAUAAGGUCACACUACACAGGGGAAAUAGACCAACGUCACAGCAAAAGUUUAUGCUCGACAGGAGAGUAAAGCUGCCUUUUUGGGUUACCGGCAAAGUACAGAGGCAUGUGGGCCCUUACCCUGUUUGCUCACCACUAAGUCUUCCUGUGGACUGUCAGCAGGCUUUCAGCUGGGCUCUCUGCAGGGUUAUGCUAUCGUGCUCCUCAUUUGGACUCCCUCAGUCAGCCAGAGGGCUGUUUAUCAGGUGAACACUCUUCAUGAGUCCGGUGUCCGUCCUGUGUCCCUUCCCAAUGUGGAGGACAUUGGUGGGCACACCCCUGGUGUGGUUGCAGUGACGGGGACGAAGGUGGCACUUGCCCCACCGACGUGUAGCUCAUCUCGGGCAGCUGCUGCACGGUCGUGGUUUGUCCCCCGACCUUUUUGCUAUCGUCAUGGACCAACCAAAGGAUGGAGAUAGGCCCGUGAGGAGCAGCAAACCGCAGCCGGGGCGGAGCGGGCACGCCCGGCCCUCGGGCUCCUCCGCCUCCUCCGGGGUCCUUAUGGUGGGGCCCAACUUCCGGGUUGGCAAAAAGAUCGGCUGUGGAAACUUUGGGGAGCUGAAGCUGGGUAAAAAUCUCUACACCAAUGAAUAUGUAGCCAUUAAACUGGAACCAAUUAAGUCACGGGCCCCUCAGCUGCAUUUAGAGUAUCGCUUCUACAAAAUGUUGGGGAGUACAGCAGAGGGCCUGCCCCAGGUAUUCUACUUCGGUCCGUGUGGGAAGUACAACGCCAUGGUGCUGGAACUGCUGGGGCCCAGUUUGGAGGACCUCUUCGACCUGUGUGACAGAACUUUCUCUCUCAAGACCGUCCUGAUGAUCGCCAUCCAGCUGAUCUCCCGGAUGGAGUAUGUGCACUCCAAGAACCUCAUCUACAGGGACGUGAAGCCAGAGAACUUCCUCAUCGGCCGGCAGGGAAACAAGAAGGAACACAUCAUCCACAUCAUUGACUUCGGCCUGGCCAAGGAAUAUGUCGACCCCGAGACCAAAAAACACAUCCCCUACCGGGAGCACAAGAGCCUGACCGGGACAGCCCGCUACAUGUCCAUCAACACGCACCUGGGCAAAGAGCAGAGUCGGCGAGACGACCUGGAAGCUCUGGGUCACAUGUUCAUGUACUUCCUCCGAGGCAGUCUCCCUUGGCAGGGCCUCAAGGCAGACACCUUGAAGGAGCGAUACCAGAAGAUUGGAGACACGAAGCGCAACACCCCCAUCGAGGUUCUCUGUGAGAGCUUCCCUGAGGAGAUGGCGACAUACCUGCAGUACGUGAGGCGGCUGGAUUUCUUCGAGAAGCCUGACUACGAGUACCUGAGGAAGCUUUUCACCGAACUGUUUGAGCGGAAGGGAUACACCUUCGACUACAUCUACGACUGGGUGGGCAGACAGAUUCCCACGCCAGUGGGGUCCGUCCAUGUGGAUUCUGGGGCGUCCGCCAUCACCAGAGAGAGCCAUGCGCACAGGGAGCGGCCGUCCCAGCAGCAACCACUGCGGAACCAGCAGACGGCAGCUUCUGACCGCCGAGGAGCGUGGGAGGUCCAGCCCAAUCGGCAGACAAAUUCCUCGUACCUGACCUCCCACCUAGCAGCGGACAGGCACGGGGGAUCCGUCCAGGUGGUCAGCUCGACCAACGGGGAGCUGAACGCCGAUGACCCGCUGGCAGCUCACUCGAAUGCCCCGAUUGCGGCCCAGGCCGAGGUGGAGGUGGUGGACGAGGCCAACUGCGUGAAAAUGCUCAACCUGUGGUGCUGCUGUUUCUUCAGGCGGAAACGGAAGAAGAAUUCGCAGCGGCAUAAGUGACGCCGUGUGCAGAGUGUCAUCCCGCCAGGUCACUUCUCCAGGAGCCCGGCAGUGACGUAUCGGCACGAGGAGGAGCUCAAGCAGAACCGGAGAGCGGGACUCCGCAGACCUGCCUAGUGCACGUGUAGUCUGCUCUUUUUAUUUUGCUAUUUUAGUUCUCUCUGGAUCCUCCUGGAGCAUUUUCGUUACGAACUGUCUUGGAACUGAGUCUAGCUGGAUGAAGAUGAGACCACGGACAUUCCGGGCAGCUUUGCACUUAUUAACCUGCUGUUCUGAACCCCCCCCACCUUGUCUAGGUUCACGCCUUCCUUAUUUGGAAGUGCUUGUGAAUGGUAACACACUGGUAGUCAAUCUGCUCAUUAUCCACUUUUGGACCCACAUUGGGGGGGGGGGGGGCGCAUCCGGUCAUCCAGCCAGCAGGGGGAGCUCUUGGAUUAGUAUAGAUGUUAUUGGCUUUGCUUUAUUGCGUUAUUGCCCUGCCUAUACCUCUGACAGUGCGUAAGUGUGUAUGACACGUGGCUCCAGGGAGAUGCCGCGGUUUGGGUUUUCAUUUUCCUCUGUCUGUGUUCAGUUUGUUAAUCUGACCUGUGCUCUGCCAGAUAGUGAUCGAUCGUGAUGCCUCUAACUGACAAGUAUCCCCCAGGCUGACCUGUAAUGCUGAACAUGUAGCUGAACCUCCGGGUGAUAUCAGCCUCUGUCAGGGCUGCUUGUAAACUUCUGGGUGAAGGGAAAAAGAAUCAGGCAUCAGGAUUUGUCUCUCGUGGCGUGACUCUUUCGUGGCCUCUGCACCAGUCUGUGGGAAAGGAUUGUCUAACUUGAAAUGCAGAGGGUCGCUGCUCCUCUGAGUCAUGUUUCUGACAGAGGCCACUAACGCCCGGAGCUUUUUACUGUCCCACCUUCUCUUUAAAAGCUGGGCAGCAGGGGCGGGAACCAGACUAUGUAAGCAAAAGGUCAAUGCCCUACCCACCCAGCCGGAGGGAGCGCCGCCCCGGUGGUUGGACUGUUCACUGCUUACUGAUGAGCAGCACCUGAGCCUCAUCACUACCAGCGACGGGCUAGUCCUGCCGCCUUGAGCUCUGUACAUUUAAUGGCAUGUAAAACUCGACUGGUCGAGAAGGAACAAUAUUACCACCCCCCUCUUAUUUUACUCUAUUCUCCUAGCCUCUUAUACCUCCCUCAGACAUCCAGGCAAUUGCAAUACUUAGCCAGCACAAUAAGGCCAGGUUUCAGUGACUGACUGAUGCGCUGCGGACAUUUUUACAUCCUCAUUGUGAAGCAUCAUGAUUUUCUCUGGUCAUGGCCGAUCACACGGCGUUUGACUCACAGAUUCCUGUGGAUCUGUGCUGUGUGUCAUCCGCCUUCCUGUCCUACUGCGGUGGGGGUGUCCCAGACCGCCUUCUCAUGCCAUCACUCGUCCUUCUUUGAAGUUGGCGGGUCACAUACCGAUGGGGGGAGGGGGGGGGGGCACGGGUUCGUAGUCGGGAGCUCUGCUGUUUGAUGCCUUAACCUGAUCACCAUUGAGCAGAGCAUUUGGCCGACUUCAUCAGAAGUCCCCCGAGAGUCUGUUCCCUCAGUCUGCAGCACGCCGUCCGAGCUUAGGAGCAGAACGGCACCCAGAGUGUAGAGUCUGUAGACACUGAGAAGCUUCACAAAGCACCUCAUCAGAGUUCACAGAUCGAACAGCAUCUCCUGGCUUAUUUCCAUUUCCUUACUGUAACACAGCUGUCAGGUAGAAGUUCUCCUUGUUUGUUUGAAAUGCAAUAGCUAACAGGUUUAUGAAUUUAAAUAUAUUUGCUGCAGAUUAAACUCCCUGUUCUGCCCCUUCCAGUUCUUUCUUCUCUAGACUGACUGAGCUGUGCUUUGCGUGAAGUUACGAGAGGUGAAACUCUUGCCUUGCUUUCGUCAGUCCAUGCCUACCUGCCUGUUUGCUGCUUUGACUGGGGUUGUCAUGCUUUUAUUUUUUUUAUUGUGUUCUUAUUCCGUCACGUAUACUUAAUGUGAACUUGAAAUAUACUGUAUUUUUUAAUUUAUCCAAAUAGCCAUGCAGGUUUGGGAAUGAAUUCUGAAUGCACUACAUUUUUUAACUGAUGUUACCAGUGAAUUUGCCAGUCAUGUACUGAUUUAUACUGUACUGUCCAUGUCAAGAUCUGAGUUGCAUCUGCAACGUGAAAUUUAAACAAAACCUUAAUUUCCUUUUAGUGAUUAUGCAAUGUCUUUUCUGUUGCCUUAUUUCUGAAAUAGCUUUUUGUGAUUUAAUGUUAAUAUACACUGGCACAUCCUAUGUUCCCAUGUGCUUGUGCACAUAAUGGUUUAAAUUAAUUUGUGUAAUAAAACACCACUCUGGUCUGAAAAUCCCCCCCGUUUAUGAUGGGUGGGGGUGCACCCUGCACUCUGUGGUUGAUUCUGUGUGCAUUGCACGAUGAUAGUGAGGCUCCUACCAAGGGCUUGAUGUGAAUAUCUUCAUAUCCAUGCAGUACAGUGGGGUACAGUGCUGUUUGUUUCUGUGCCCAGUUUGUGUGUCUGGCUUUUCCCUUCACUAUGUAAUUUGUAGGCCUCAGAAUGAUGGACAUCGAUGUACUUGAAUACAAAAAAGGUUUCCUUUUCCCUGCAGCCGUCAUAUGGUAAAUGGCAAAGCAAAUUCUUCUGACAUGUAGCCAUGAGUGAGCCAUGUCAUGUGACUGGCAUCCCUUAUCUGCCUCUCCCUGCCCUGCAUGGGGCAGUUCUGAGCCAGGAUUAGCCCCGUCCAGCACGAUGCCGUGUGCUCGGCCCGUUGGUUCUGUCUCCCGUGCCUGUGCAGGGCAGCGGGCCUGAUAUGAGAAUCUGCAGUCGGUCUCGGCCGGCGUUAUGUAAGGCGGAGGAGGGCAUCUCAGCAUCUCGCGUUUGAUCCUAGGGGCCGUGCGUGUGGCAAUCGUGAGCGAUGACUUUGCCAGCUUUUGUGUCAGUGUGUCAGUUUCCAUUGGUCUAGCUGUGCUGCACUGUGACUCAUCAUGUUCUGGGUUCGGCUCCUGUCUCGUCACUCUUCCUGUUAUUAUUUUUUUUAUCUGUAUUGUACAGUGCUGGAGGGACUGACCAACCAGCUCCGGCACUGAAAUGGCUAAAGUGUUUCUCUUCCAGUAUCUUGGGUCUUUUCUAUGUAUUUUCUUUUAAUGAUUCCUAUGACUGUAUAAUUAUGCAUUUGGGUAGAGGCUUUUGGUGGAAUUAAAAAUGCUCUUUUGUAUUUUCUGUUCUUGGUGCCUGCCUGCGCUGCCCCCAUUGAUGUCAGGGCAGCCCUCAAGCCCCAAGCUGUCCGUGAAAAUGUGAUGUCCGGAAAUGGUCAGACUGCUUUCCUCUAUUUUAAUUCCCCUUUAACAGCGAUUUAUUUUGCCAUUUUUGCUUUUUAUUUAUUACGUAAUGUUUUUUUGAGUAAACUACUCAGAUGUAAAUAAAUACGUUAACUGAUUGUCCACAGUUUAGAGUCACUCUUAAGGUUUCCCCACUUUUUUAAUAAUAGUUUUUUUUUUUUUAACCUAUUACAAUCUUUUCUGAGGACUCAAAGCCUUUGCAGCAUGGUUAUUUGAAUAUGGGGUCUUCACCUUGAGCCUUAUUUUCUGAAUGAGUGUGAUGUGGAUUUUCUGAAGAUCCUGCGGUUUGGAGGCCGUCACUGCUCUGCGGCUGGCUAGCCGUCACCGUGCCCGGGCCGAUGGCCCCGCCGCUGCCUCACUCCAUGCUUUACCCCUUGAUUUCUAAAGCACGUUCCUGCACUCUGACCCUCAGCUCAGCCUCCCAUGUCACUGCACACUCCAGAGAAGGUGGAUAUUUUUCCCUGUUUCUUUUUUGUGUGUCAAAAUAAUGUUCAAAUUCUCAAGAGAUUGGGUUGUUGCUCUAGCUUCCCCAUACUGAAUUGUCUAACAUUCUGAAAGGGGAGGGGCAUUUAGAGACAAGCUGUAUAUGUUUUUUAUGGUGGCCUUCCCUUCCCCCCCUUAUGUAUACACGCGUCUUUGUGUGCAUAUGAUCACUUGUGCAGCCCUCUGAACCACCACCCUCUUGCUUGUUAUGUGGGAAGCAGAUUUGUACAUAGCGGAGGAUUCUAUGGAAUUAUCAAGCCUUCUAAAUGCAUUAUCGGUGUUAGUCAUACAGAAGGUGAUUCUUUUUGCCUGAAAUGCGUCUGUGUGAUUAAUCCCGGCCCCGGGGGGGGGGGGGCGGCAGUGCCGAGGAGUCUGGCCCGUGGCUCCACAUUUUCUCUCCUACCAGUUUUCCAGAGGCUUCAUGUUAAUUGUUGCAUUUCUGGAUUUCACUUUUUAAUUCCCACCACAGAUGGAAUCUCAAUGGGAGACUUAAAGUUUGCACCCUUUUUUAUGUAAAAUAAAAAACUUAACGUUUAA